AAAUAAAUAUUUCCAUCUGAAGGAUCAUUGUUUAUAAGUAUCAAUACCAGCUGCCACAGACCAAUGAUUGACAAAAACAUUACAUUUCUUUGUGGUUAAAAAUCUUGCUUUUCUUUGCUGUUGUCAGUCUUGUUUUUGGCUUUCUUGUUUUAUGUAAAAAAAGUUAUAUAAAGAUAUUUUUACAUUUUAAUCAAUCCAAUUUUCCUUCAGAGUUGUUCUUGCAAAUUGGGCAGCAAGGAGGGAGGGAAGGAGGGAGGGAGGGAGGAAGGAAAUGCCCACCACCUUCAUAAUUCUCCCCAAUAUAUCUUCUACUACUCCCAGAAUACAUUUCUCUCCUUUUUUGGUGUGUGUGUGUGUGUGGGAGGGAGAUAAAGGAUGCACAAAAGGACUGGGCCAAAGUCAUCUUCUACUGUACUUUCCAGGAAAGACUCCUGGCACUGCUUAAGAUCUAGAAGCAUUCUUGACAUUGAUGCUAAAAGCUGGCAAUUUCUUCCGCAGCAUGCCUCCUUCCACUUCCUUUAUUUAAAGAAUCUCUUUCCAAAUAGGCAGAGAUUUUGGCAGGAUCCAAGUACCCCAAGUUUAGACAAUGCAGCAUUCUACUUUUAUUUCAUCGGUUCUUCCUGGCACUCCCAAGCGGCAGCUGCCACAUGCAGAAGGAAAAAAAAAACUCUGGGGGCCACGAUGGAAAGCGACUUCAGAAACAGUCAGAAAAGCCGCCAGUAAUCCCGUAGCUCAAAGGCCAGCAUCUCGUCAAACGUAACUAAAUCGGCUCUUCCAGAUCGGCACCUUGAACCUUCGGACGGGUGCGAGCCUCACGGCAGACUUGGAGCAAUCCUAUGAAAUGAAUUCCACUUAUUCUGGGCGGGGGGUGGUGAAAGAUACUUUCGCACAGGUUAAGAGAUAAACUGCCAGGCGGGCGUUAGGAGAGAGACAGAGAGGCAGCUGGUGACUUUCCAGAUGGGAGUUGGGGAAGGAGCGCGCGCUAGAGUAGUUGCGACGGUUACCAUGGCGAUAAGAUACAGCACACGACUAUUCAUCCCCCUCCUCCGCUCGCACGCAUUCCCCGUUGCUAUGACAGCAGCAUAACCAAUGGAAAGUCGCAUUAGAAGGCCGCCUCGCGGGCCCCGAGCUGACAAGGGAAGGGUUUCGCUGCGCACUAAGACGGAAGUGGGUCUCGUUGAGCUUGGGCCGCGCCCGGAAGUGAGGGUGGGAAGGUGGAAAAGGAGGCAUUGACUGGGAGGCUCGCCUACUUGUAGUCAAGCACCUGCCGCUGGAUCCGCACGAGUCUGGGAGGCGACGGCAGCCUUGAACGCGGAGGGCGGCACUUCGAGCGGGUCUCGCGAGAAUUACUUUCCCCAGUCAGGAGGCGGAGAGCGGAACUGUUCCUCCUCCCCUCGCUGCUACCUCUUUCCCUCCUCCCGCCUCCCGCCUCCUCCUUCUCCAGGAAGAGCCUGGGCCCGACACGGGACGAUGGCGGCGGCCGGAGGCGGCAGCAGCGGCGGCUGCGGCUCCCAGGCUGCGGAAGGGCCCGAGCUGUAGACCCCGACGCGGGGCCGGCGUGGACGGGCGGGCAGCGAGAGGCGGCGGUGGCGGCAGCGGAGGAUGAGCUUGCUUUGCGCUCAGUAUCUCCGGCAGGCAGAAGUCCUGAAGGCUGACAUGACAGAUUCGAAGCUGGGACCAGCUGAAGCCUGGACAUCUCGACAGGCUUUACAGGACUUAUACCAGAAAAUGUUAGUAACAGAUUUGGAGUAUGCAUUGGAUAAAAAAGUGGAACAGGAUCUAUGGAAUCAUGCCUUUAAGAAUCAGAUCACAACUUUACAGGGUCAAGCAAAAAACCGAUCAAAUCCAAAUCGGAGUGAAGUUCAAGCAAACCUCUCUCUGUUCCUAGAAGCAGCUAGUGGCUUCUAUACGCAGCUACUGCAGGAGCUGUGCACGGUAUUUAAUGUGGAUUUGCCCUGCCGUGUGAAGUCCUCUCAGUUGGGAAUUAUCAGCAAUAAACAGACGCACACCAGCGCCAUAGUGAAGCCACAAUCUAGCUCCUGCUCAUAUAUAUGCCAGCACUGCCUUGUCCACCUUGGAGACAUCGCUCGCUACAGAAAUCAGACCAGCCAGGCUGAAUCCUAUUAUAGGCAUGCAGCUCAGCUUGUCCCCUCCAAUGGUCAGCCUUAUAAUCAGCUGGCUAUUUUAGCAUCCUCCAAAGGAGAUCACCUGACCACAAUUUUCUACUACUGCAGAAGCAUUGCUGUGAAAUUCCCUUUCCCAGCUGCUUCUACUAACCUACAAAAAGCACUUUCUAAAGCACUGGAAAGUCGUGAUGAGGUGAAAACUCAGUGGGAAAUAUCUGAUUUCAUUAAGACAUUUAUAAAAUUCCAUGGCCAUGUAUAUCUGAGUAAGAAUUUGGAGAAAUUGAAUCCUCUUCGUGAGAAAUUAGAAGAGCAGUUCAAGAGGUUGCUGUUCCAAAAAACCUUCAAUUCUCAACAGCUUGUCCAUAUUACUGUCAUCAACCUGUUUCAGUUGCACCAUUUACGGGAUUUUAGCAAUGAAACUGAACAGCAUAGUUACAGUCAGGAUGAACAGCUCUGCUGGACACAAUUACUGGCACUCUUCAUGUCUUUUCUUGGAAUUUUGUGCAAGUGUCCACUUCAGAAUGAUUACCAAGAAGAAUCUUGGGGUUCUUAUCCCCUUCCUGCACUCAAAGUGUCAAUGGACUGGCUGAAACUUAGACCCAGUGUUUUUCAGGAGGCCGUGGUUGAUGAAAGGCAAUAUGUUUGGCCUUGGCUGAUUUCUCUUCUAAACAGUUUUCAGCCUCAUGAAGAAGAUCUUUCCUGCCCUAAUGCCACUCCUCUUCCAGAAGAGUUUGAGCUGCAAGGAUUCUUAGCUCUGAGACCCUCGUUCAGGAACUUGGACUUCUCUAAAGGCCAUCAGGGGAUUACAGGAGACAAAGAGGGGCAGCAUCGCAGUAUACGGCAACAGCGCCUGAUCUUCACAGGAAAAUGGAUCGCUGACAAUCAGCCAAGGUUGAUCCAAUGUGAAAAUGAGGUUGGCAAACUCAUGUUUUUGACAGAGAUCCCAGAACUGUUACUGGAGGAACAUAGUGAGUCCAAACAGAGUCAUGUUCUGCAGGAAGCAUCAGAGUCUCAGUUUGUAGAUGGGAGCCCAGGACUUAAGUCAGUACUAUCUACAAGUCGAAACCUGAGCAGCAGCUCUGAUACGGGAGAUAAGCCAAUGGUGACAUUCAAAGAAAACAUUAAACCACGAGAAAUAAACAGAGAGCAAGGCCGAAACUACCUGACCAAGGAAGUAGGUAGGGAAAGAAGAGAUUACAUCAAAGGAAUAACAGCCAAUAAAAAUGAUGGAAAGAAGGAAAACAACAACAAAAGGAAGAAUGAGAUUAAGAAAUGUGGCAUGGACAAGGGUCAAGAAACAGGGAAGCAGAAUGUAGCUAUACAGGUAAAAUCCCAGACUGAGUUGAGAAAGACUCCAGUGUCUGAAGUCAGAAAAACACCAGUAAGUCAAUCUCCAAACCAGGCCAGCAACUCCCAGUUCAUCCCCAUCCAUCACCCAGGAGCUUUCCCUCCUCUUCCCAGCCGGCCAGGCUUCCCCCCUCCUGCCUAUGUUAUUCCUCCUCCCGUGGCUUUCUCUAUGAGCUCGGGAUAUACUUUUCCAGGUGGUGUUUCUGUCCCAGGAACCUUUCUUCAGCCUGCAGCUCAUUCGCCUGCAGGAAAUCAGGUGCAAGCUGGGAAGCAAUCCCACAUUCCUUACAGCCAGCAGCGGCCCUCUGGACCAGGCCCAAUGAACCAGGGACCUCAACAGACUCCACCCCCUUCUCAGCAGCCCCUUGCAUCCAUACCAGCUCAGGCAACAAACCCGUCUGCAAGCCAGCUGCAGGUCCAGGCUCUUGCCCAGCAGCAGCAACAACAACAGUCCCCAACAAAAGCUGUACAGGCAUUAGGGAAGAGUCCUCCACACCACUCUGGAUUCCAGCAGUAUCCCCAUGGAGACUCCUCCAAGCAGCUCUGGAGCCCCUCUCAGGUUCAAGGCCCUUUGGGGAAGAUCAUGCCUAUGAAGCAGCCGUACUAUCUUCAGGGCCAGGAUCCCGUGAAACUCUUUGAACACUCCUUGCAGCCUCCUCUUCUGCAACAACAGCAGCCUCUGGAGAAGAAAAUGAAGCCUUUCCCUAUGGAGCCAUAUAACCAGAAUCCCUCAGAGGUCAAGAUGCCAGAAUUUUACUGGGACUCCUAUGGUAUGGCUGAUAACCGUGUUGUGAUGGCACAACAACAAGCCAACAUGGACCGCAGAGGGAAACGUCAGCAAGGAGUCUUCCGCCCAGAACAGGAUCCAAUGUCGAGGAUGGGUUUUGAGGACCCCAAGAGCUCCCCUCUGCUUCCUCCGGACCUGUUAAAGAGUUUGGCUGCCUUGGAGGAGGAGGAAGAGCUGAUUUUCUCUAAUCCUCCUGAUCUUUACCCAGCUCUACUGGGGCCUCUCGCCUCUCUUCCUGGACGAAGCCUCUUUAAAUCACUGUUGGAGAAACCAUCAGAUCUGAUGUCACAGUCGCCAUCUUUCCUAUCGCUCACAGGCUUCUCUCUUAAUCAGGAAAGAUAUUCAAACAGCAUGUUCAAUGAAGUUUAUGGGAAAAACCUCAAUGCCAGCACAAAAGCCGAGGUUACACCAUCAGUAGCUCACCAGGAGACUUCACUUUAUUCUCUUUUUGAAGGUACUCCAUGGUCUCCAUCUCUUCCAGCUAGCUCAGAUCAUUCAACACCAGCCAGCCAGUCUCCUCACUCCUCUAACCCAAGCAGCUUGCCAAGCUCUCCUCCAACUCACAACCAUAAUUCAAUUCCAUUCUCCAACUUUGGGCCCAUUGGGACUCCAGACAACAGGGAUCGAAGGAUAACAGAUCGAUGGAAGACAGAUAAGCCAGCAAUGGGAGGCUUUGGUCUGGACUAUCUCCCAGCAACAUCGUCCUCUUCAGAGAGUAGCUGGCAUCCAAACAGCACCCAUAGCGGUACCUGGUCAGUCCAUGGCCCAUCCAUAGAGGAUUCAUCAGCUGUACUUAUGGAAAGUCUGAAGUCUAUCUGGUCCAGUUCUAUGAUGCAUCCUGGACCUUCUGCUCUGGAGCAACUGUUGAUGCAGCAGAAGCAGAAGCAGCAACGUGGGCAAGGUGCCAUGAAUCCACCACACUGAGAACAAAAGAGGUGGCAACCUUUGCAAUCGAAAGCUCCAUACAUCAUGGCAUGUUGGGUUUACAGGACUGUCCCACACAGUUCUGUGCGCGUGGCAGCCUCUCUUCUGUUCCUUGAUGUCAGGAGGGUGUAAGUGCUCCACCAACCCACUGAGUAUGCACGAAAAUGAAUGCAGUGCAAUGGAAAACCAACACCAGGAACUCUCCCAUCCCACCAGGGCCCUCUGGAGGGAGAGAGGGACUGCUGUGUAUCUCACGGUAACCUGAUAUCACCGCCUCUUACCUUCUCCAUCGUGCAUGUGCCCAGCCAUGUGGGAAAAUAAAAAGAUGGGAAAGAAGAGCAGAUGGAAGAAGCCACUGAGAACUUCUAAAUCCUCUUUCCUCAGUAUUGGGGAACCUAAUAGGAAUCUAUUACCUAUAGCUUUGCUGACUGAGAAUGUAGUUGAAAUUUAUUCCUCAACGUCUAAAUUUUGAAUUAUUACUGUCUCAGUAGUAAGAUCACACUGAAUUCUUCCAUACACAAAUGUGCUUUGUAGUCAGUGUGUAGCACCCCUCGAGUCACUGGUCCAGCCAGCCAGAGUUGGGUAGUGGUAAAUUGAUGGAAGGGCAGGUGUCUGGUCUCCUCGGUUAGGUAAGGAGUUUCACGAAGGAGAAUUUGGUCCCUCCAGCGUCAUUUCCAUCUCUUCUUCAAAGGUUGAGUCUGGACAAUUGUGAAUGGGUUAAGGAUUCCAGCAGUACUCACGUGCAUUGGCCACUGCCAGCCCUCUGUUCAGGGCAGCACACUGCUGCUAUGGGGUUUUUAAGUUAAAUGGUUCAGAUUCCUGUACAUUUUAUGAUAGCGUAGUGACCAGUCUGAUGAAAUGGCAAAGCUGGCCUGUGCAUUCACAGCCUGACUCCUUUAUGUAGGUAGGUAGAAGCUUUCUGUGUCUUUUUUUUUUUUUCCCCUCCCGGCCCCUUUUUCUAGCCUAUCCCAACCCUGCUGGUUGCUUGUAGUUCUGUUCUUCAUAUGCAGCAUCCCACCAACUUCUAGCAGGAUAAUGGGAAGCAAAGGAAUUAGCCUGGACAGGACAAUAGAGGCAGUCUCUUCUGCCAGUAAGGAUAUGUCCACAGAAUGGAAGCUCAAGGCAACCAGAUGCCUAAGAGGGAGCCCAUGCAGUCAGCUAUCAGUCCCACUUGUUCCUACAAGGAUGCAGAAAGGGGGGAAAGGUUGAACUUGAUAUUUAUUGAGCAGAAGGAAGGCUGCAACUCUUCUUGCAUAGGAAACAAGGACAUUUCUUUCUUUUUUUCCCUUACCUUACCUUUUUAAAAAAAAUUUUUUUGUUUGUUUGUUUCCCGGGGUACCUAUGGAAACAAUCUAAAUGUUUUAAACUGUUGCAAAUGCCGGAGUGUGUAUGUGUAUGUGUAUCAGUUCAGGAUCUGUGAACCACAAGAAAACAGCUGCAGAGCAAAGCACAUCCGGAGUCCACAAGUGAUACUGGAGUUGGGGAACAGCCCCAAAUAGACUAUAUAUAAAAAAGAAGCUGAAUGAGGUAAUGCUCUCUCUAGAUAGGAAUUGAAACUCCCCGUGCAAGCAGUGUUGCUGCUCUGGGUUAUAUUGCUUAAAAAAACUUUCUUUAGAAAACUUUUAAAAAAAAAAAAAAACCCUCAAGGAUGAAGUUCUUGCCCUAGUUGUGCUUCUUUGGCUCCCUGCCCCCUCCCAAGCCAGCUUCUGCCCCUGUCCCUUUCCCCAGGUUUGUGUAUUUGAGCUGUGCACCCCAGCAGCUGCAACAUUCCAGUGUUUGAACAGCCACUGAUUCUUGCACUCUAGACAACCUAACCAGAUUCAUGAUCUCACACUCUCCACAGUGCCAGAAUCCCGACCCAUCGGUUCCCAUUUCUGCAUGAGAAAUCUGGUGUUUGGAAUGUUCUUUUUUGGGGGGGGGAAUCUUUAAGGCAGAGCUCCCUUCCCCCGUCCACCCUUUUACACACACGCCCUGCUGUGGCUAGAACCCCAAGAGAAGGGGAACUCCCAGCAGAGAAAAUUGGUUUGUGUCGUAAGCUUCUUUUGUGUUUUUGUCUGUCUGUGCGAGACCUGCAGCUGCUGAACUCAGCUUUGCCUUUAAUUAAACCAUGUUCUCUACAGCCAA